AUGUCGCGCGAGUAUGAAGGGAAACUUGCCAUUGUGACCGGUUCUUCGCGAGGUAUGAAACUGGCUUGCAUGCGUGUUUUUUCUCUGACCGGAAUUCCAGGUAUCGGUGCUGCAAUUGUCCAGAACCUUGCGAGUAAAGGAUGCAAUGUAGUCAUCAACUACACAAGCGAGGCAUCUGAUCUGGUCGCCCGACAGCUUGCAUCCGAGCUUGAACGGAUGUAUGAGGUGGUGGCUGUCCCAUUUCGGGCAGAUAUCACUUCGAGAGAAGAUUGCGAGAGACUGGUCUCCGCCAUGGAGUCCAGAUUCAGCAAUACGGAAUCUCAUCAAUUCCAGAUCGAUAUACUGGUGCACAACGCUGCAAUCGCAUAUCUUGGCCCCGUGGAGACCGUGAAGGAAUCGGAGUUUCGACGAAUCUACGACGUGAACGUUCUGGGACCCGUACUGCUCACCGGUAUCUGCAGGCCAUUCCUUCCCACGGAUCGUUCAGGCCGCAUCGUGAUGCUGUCAAGUAUCAACUCAAAAGUCGGCACCGAGAAUACGACCCUCUACUCCGGCACCAAGGGGGCCUUGGAGGCCAUGACUCGCGUUUGGGCCCGGGAAUUGGCCGAGCAGGCUACCGUGAAUGCGAUCAAUCCUGGGGCUGUGAGCACGGGACAGUAUCUCGUGGCGCCCGAUGAGAUCAAGGAGAUCCUUAGUCGGUGGAACCCUUUGACCCCGCUGGCAUCUGUACGCGAUGACCUGGACACCCCAGAAAUCCAGGAGAUGGGGAAGCGAUUUGGAGGUCGGGCAGCUUACCCGGGGGAGAUUGCUAAAUUGGUGGCGGCGAUCUGUCACCCAGAUUUUGGAUGGUGCACUGGUAGCAUUAUCUCUGCCAAUGGUGGAUUGUCGUUCAGUAUCUAG